UAUAGUCAAUCCAACGUAUUGACUCGGGUAGAAAAAUCGAAGUGAAGGCAAAUAAAGGUUAUGGAAAAUUGAAAUAUUAACAUUUCUUUAACUCCGAUAUAAACAUGGGUCGACCCCGCCUGGGUGAGUAUAUCCGGGCCAUCGACUUCCUGGGCUCGAGCGGAAAGUACGAAGACAGCGAUGAUGACCCGGGCAACAAACUCAUAGAUUACGAGCGCCUCGUGAACAACGAUGAUUCCUUUAACCUUGCCGAACUCAAGGACGGAUUUGCGGCAUUUCGGGAGAAGGUGUGUGUACCGAACUUCCCCGGCCGCCACUCAGGGCCUUACUGGGUCGCUUACUCCACGAUCUGUGUACUCGAUAGACUAAAGGGUAGUUUUGAAGAUGACAAUGCAAUGAGAGAGAUCGGGCGCCAGCAAUUUGAAACUUGGCUUGCACUCCUUCGUGCACGGCCUUCGUCCGGUCACAUAGUUUUAAUGAGUAAGCUUAACGAUGCCAAAUACAAGGAAUACAUUCAGAGUCUUUCUGGAAAGGAGUUAGGCGAAGUAUUUCAGAAAAUGAAAAUUUCGUAUUCUUACGAUCCCUCCGACACAGACGAUGAAAGGGUGUACGCCGACUUUCUUCAUGACGGCAUCGUGAUGAUAUUUAAAAGUAUAAAUGAGGGUCAGUGUUCCGGUUGCCAGAACGAGUUCCUUGAUUUAUAUGGUUUCUACGAGGGUCUUCUGCCUAAAAUGUCUGAGAUUAUGAGGAGAUAUCUCGGCUACACCAUCCGGGAUAUGAGGAGCGUCUUUCCGGACAAAAACCCAUUCUUGGAUUUGAAAGACAUGCACGUCUACACACACUACUUAAAGGCUAUCAAAGAGAUGUUGUGUGCAUUCAAUGGCGACAUCAAUGACCUUGAGGUUGAAAACACUUUAAAGUGUAUCCUGAAAGCAGCCAGCAAAGAAAAUUUCAUUUUGGACAUAUACGAAGCUUUAAUUGAUGUGGUUGCAAGUUUUAUAAAACGAGAUUCAGCGCCAGCGAAUGCCGAACGAAUUCUCAAUUUAUUCAGACAAAACCUGUUUAGGUCCUUCCAUGAACAACAUGCCAAGCCGAAUCUGAAGGUGUUUGACGCCACAGUUAACUUUGUAGAAGAUAUUCUAGCUUCUACGAAGCACGAUGGUGAUGCCGAGGAUCGCAAGGAUAAUGAUGUCUCAAAGUGCCUUAAUGAAGCACUCGAAUACUGUGUCUUCAAGUUUUACGACCUGCCUAAGACGAAUGUAGAGGCGUUGUUGAAUCUCUGGAUUGUGCUAUUGAAGACGGAACAGAAGAGCUACGUAUAUAGAGUGUAUGAUAUCGCGGGAAAUGAUGAAUACGCCAAAGUUAUUGUAUGGAAGGAACAUUUGGAACACGCUAAAGCUUUUCUGAAAACAAUUUCGAAAGUGCGUUACCAUGACGAUACCAAGCGUUACUACGGAGAUAUAAUGAAGGCACUUUUAGAAAGCUGGAAAAAGGGGAAAGUACUGGGCAUGUUGCAAAAGGAACUCGUGGACUUUAUAUUCGAUUGUCUGUUGGACGAGUCCUCAGAUAAAGAAGGUCUUGCAGAAGAUGUUGUAGACAAGUUCUUUGUCAUGACAAAAAAGGAUGGUGAUCUCGUUGAUUACAUAUUGGACAAAGCUAUCGCUGCUCUAGAGAAACCGGAUAUGUUUCAAAAUUGGGAACGUGCAACUUCAGCAACAAUCCAGGGAAUACUUAACUGCUGCAUAGAGAUCUACAAGGGGUAAACGACUUGAAAUACAUAUUUUAUCGCAUUUAAAUAUAUUUAACACAGCUACAAGUUAUUAU